GACGUGGACGUGGUCGUGGACGUGGACGUGGACGUGGACGUUGUCGUGGACGUUGUCGUGGACGUGGACGUGGACGUGGACGUGGUCGUGGUCGUGGACGUGGACGUGGACGUGGUCGUGGUCGUGGACGUGGACGUGGACGUGGACGUGGUGGUGGACGUGGACGUGGACGUGGACGUGGACGUGGACGUGGACGUGGACGUGGACGUGGACGUGGUGGUGGACGUGCUGGACGUGGACGUGGUCGUGGACGUGGACGUGGACGUGGUGGACGUGGAUGUGAACGUGGACGUGGACGUGGACGUGGACGUGGUCGUGGACGUGGACGUGAGCCUGGACGUGGACGUGGACGUGGUGGACGUGGACGUGGUCGUGGACGUGGACGUGGUCGUGGACGUGGUCGUGGACGUGGACGUGGUCGUGGACGUGGACGUGGACGUGGACCUGGACGUGGACGUGGACCUGGACGUGGACGUGGGCGUGGACGUGGACGUGGACGUGGGCGUCGACGUGGACGUGGACGUGGGCGUGGGCGUGGGCGUGGGCGUGGACGUGGUCGUGGACGUGGACGUGGACGUGGUCGUGGUCGUGGACGUGGACGUGGGCGUGGACGGUGGGCGUGGGCGUGGACGUGGGCGUGGGCGUGGGCGUGGGCGUGGACGUGGGCGUGGACGUGGACGUGGGCGUGGACGUGGACGUGGUCGUGGACGUGGACGUGGUCGUGGACGUGGACGUGGACGCGGUCCGGUCGUGGACGCGGUCGUGGACGCGGACAUGGUCGUGGACGUGGACGUGGACGUGGACGUGGUGGACGCGGUCGUGGACGUGGACGGGAACGUGGUCGUGGACGUGGACGUGGACGUGGUGGACGCGGACGUGGACGUGGUGGACGCGGUCGUGGGCGUGGACGCGGACGUGGUCGUGGACGUGGACGUGGACGUGGUGGACGCGGUCGUGGACGUGGACGCGGACGUGGUCGUGGACGUGGACGUGGUGGACGCGGUCGUGGACGUGGAUGCGGACGUGGUCGUGGACGUGGACGUGGACGUGGACGUGGUGGACGUGGACGUGGAUGUGGACGUGGUGGACGUGGACGUGGACGUGGUCAUGGACGGCGACGUCGACGUCAACGUGGACGUGGACGUGGACGUGGUCGUGGAGGACUUGGACGUGGUCGUGGACGUGGAUGUGGACGUGGUCGUGGACGUGGACGUUGUCGUGGACGUGGACGUGGACGUGGAGAUGGACGACUUGGACGUGGUCGUGGACGCGGACGUGGACGUGGACGUGGUCGUGGUUGUGGACGUGGACGCGGACGUGGUCGUGGACGUGGACGUGGACAUGGAAGUGGACGUGGACGUAGACGAGGACGUGGACGUGGAAGUGGACGUGGACGUAGACGAGGACGUGGACGUGGAAGUGGACGUGGACGAUGACGAGGACAUGGACGUGGACGUGGACAUGGACGAUGACGUGGAGGUGGACGUGGUCGUGGACGUGGUGGACGUGGACGUGGACGUGAACGUCGACGUGAACGUGGUGGUGGACGUGGAGGACGUGGACGUGUACGUGGACGUGGACGUGGACGUGGACGUGGUCGUGGACGUGGAGGACGUGGACGUGGACGUGGACGUGGACGUGGAGGUGGUCGUGGACGUGGUUGAGGACGUGGACGUGGAUGUGGUCGUGGACGUGGACGUGGACGUGGACGUGGUCGUGGACGUGGACGUGGACUUGGACGUGGACGUGGACUUGGACGUAGACGUGGUUGUGGAAGUGGACGUGGACGUGGACGUGGACGUGGUCGUGGACGUGGACGUGGACUUGGACGUAGACGUGGUCGUGGACGUGGACGUGGACGUGGACGUGGACGUGGUCGUGGACGUGGACGUGGACUUGGACGUAGACAUGGACGUGGACGUGCACGUGCACCUGGACGUGGAGCUGGUCGUGGACGUGGACGUGGACGUGGACUUGGACAUGGACGUGGACGUGGACGUGGUCCUGGACGUGGACGUGGACGUGGACGUGGACGUGGUCGUGGACGUGGACGUGGACGUCGACGUGGACGUGUACGUGGACGUGGUCGUGGACGUGGACGUGGUCGUGGACGUGGAGGACUUGGACGUGUUGGUGGACGUGGACGUGGUCGUGGACGUGGUCGUGGACGUGGACGUGGACGUGGACGUGGACGUGGACGUGGUCGUGGACGUGGACGUGGACGUGGUCGUGGACGUGCACUUGGACGUGGACGUGGACGUGGACGUGGACGUGGACGUGGACGUGGACAUGGUCGUGGACGUGGACGUGGUCGUGGACGUGGACGUGGUCGUGGACGUGGACAUGGUCGUGGAGGACGUGGACGUGGACGUGGACGUGGUCGACGUGGACGUGGUCGUGGACGUAGACGUGGACGUGGACGUUGUCGUGGACGUUGUCGUGGACGUGGACGUGGACGUGGACGUGGACGUGGUCGUGGUCGUGGACGUGGACGUGGACGUGGUCGUGGUCGUGGACGUGGACGUGGACGUGGACGUGGUGGUGGACGUGGACGUGGACGUGGACGUGGACGUGGACGUGGACGUGGACGUGGACGUGGACGUGGACGUGGACGUGGUGGUGGACGUGCUGGACGUGGACGUGGUCGUGGACGUGGACGUGGACGUGGUGGACGUGGAUGUGAACGUGGACGUGGACGUGGACGUGGACGUGGUCGUGGACGUGGACGUGAGCCUGGACGUGGACGUGGACGUGGUGGACGUGGACGUGGUCGUGGACGUGGACGUGGUCGUGGACGUGGUCGUGGACUUGGACGUAGACGUGGUCGUGGACGUGGACGUGGACGUGGACGUGGACGUGGUCGUGGACGUGGACGUGGACUUGGACAUAGACAUGGACGUGGACGUGGACGUGCACGUGCACCUGGACGUGGAGCUGGUCGUGGACGUGGACGUGGACGUGGACUUGGACGUGGACGUGGACGUGGACGUGGUCCUGGACGUGGACGUGGACGUGGACGUGGACGUGGUCGUGGACGUGGACGUGGACGUCGACGUGGACGUGUACGUGGACGUGGUCGUGGACGUGGACGUGGUCGUGGACGUGGAGGACUUGGACGUGUUGGUGGACGUGGACGUGGUCGUGGACGUGGUCGUGGACGUGGACGUGGACGUGGACGUGGACGUGGUCGUGGACGUGGACGUGGACGUGGUCGUGGACGUGCACUUGGACGUGGACGUGGACGUGGACGUGGACGUGGACGUGGACGUGGACGUGGUCGUGGACGUGGACGUGGACGUGGUCGUGGACGUGGUCGUGGACGUGGACAUGGUCGUGGAGGACGUGGACGUGGACGUGGUCGACGUGGACGUGGUCGUGGACGUGGACGUGGACGUGGAUGUUGUCGUGGACGUUGUCGUGGACGUGGACGUGGACGUGGACGUGGUCGUGGUCGUGGACGUGGACGUGGACGUGGUCGUGGUCGUGGACGUGGACGUGGACGUGGUGGUGGACGUGGACGUGGACGUGGACGUGGACGUGGACGUGGACGUGGUGGUGGACGUGCUGGACGUGGACGUGGUCGUGGACGUGGACGUGGACGUGGUGGACGUGGAUGUGAACGUGGACGUGGACGUGGACGUGGACGUGGUCGUGGACGUGGACGUGAGCCUGGACGUGGACGUGGACGUGGUGGACGUGGACGUGGUCGUGGACGUGGACGUGGUCGUGGACGUGGUCGUGGACGUGGACGUGGUCGUGGACGUGGACGUGGACGUGGACCUGGACGUGGACGUGGACCUGGACGUGGACGUGGGCGUGGACGUGGACGUGGACGUGGGCGUCGACGUGGACGUGGACGUGGGCGUGGGCGUGGGCGUGGGCGUGGACGUGGUCGUGGACGUGGACGUGGACGUGGUCGUGGUCGUGGACGUGGACGUGGGCGUGGACGGUGGGCGUGGGCGUGGACGUAAGCGUGGGCGUGGGCGUGGGCGUGGACGUGGGCGUGGACGUGGACGUGGGCGUGGACGUGGACGUGGUCGUGGACGUGGACGUGGUCGUGGACGUGGACGUGGACGCGGUCCGGUCGUGGACGCGGUCGUGGACGCGGACAUGGUCGUGGACGUGGACGUGGACGUGGACGUGGUGGACGCGGUCGUGGACGUGGACGGGAACGUGGUCGUGGACGUGGACGUGGACGUGGUGGACGCGGACGUGGACGUGGUGGACGCGGUCGUGGGCGUGGACGCGGACGUGGUCGUGGACGUGGACGUGGACGUGGUGGACGCGGUCGUGGACGUGGACGCGGACGUGGUCGUGGACGUGGACGUGGUGGACGCGGUCGUGGACGUGGAUGCGGACGUGGUCGUGGACGUGGACGUGGACGUGGACGUGGUGGACGUGGACGUGGAUGUGGACGUGGUGGACGUGGACGUGGACGUGGUCAUGGACGGCGACGUCGACGUCAACGUGGACGUGGACGUGGACGUGGACGUGGUCGUGGAGGACUUGGACGUGGUCGUGGACGUGGAUGUGGACGUGGUCGUGGACGUGGACGUUGUCGUGGACGUGGACGUGGACGUGGAGAUGGACGACUUGGACGUGGUCGUGGACGCGGACGUGGACGUGGACGUGGUCGUGGUUGUGGACGUGGACGCGGACGUGGUCGUGGACGUGGACGUGGACAUGGAAGUGGACGUGGACGUAGACGAGGACGUGGACGUGGAAGUGGACGUGGACGUAGACGAGGACGUGGACGUGGAAGUGGACGUGGACGAUGACGAGGACAUGGACGUGGACGUGGACAUGGACGAUGACGUGGAGGUGGACGUGGUCGUGGACGUGGUGGACGUGGACGUGGACGUGGACGUGAACGUCGACGUGAACGUGGUGGUGGACGUGGAGGACGUGGACGUGUACGUGGACGUGGACGUGGACGUGGACGUGGUCGUGGACGUGGAGGACGUGGACGUGGACGUGGACGUGGACGUGGAGGUGGUCGUGGACGUGGUUGAGGACGUGGACGUGGAUGUGGUCGUGGACGUGGACGUGGACGUGGACGUGGACGUGGUCGUGGACGUGGACGUGGACUUGGACGUGGACGUGGACUUGGACGUAGACGUGGUCGUGGAAGUGGACGUGGACGUGGACGUGGACGUGGUCGUGGACGUGGACGUGGACUUGGACGUAGACGUGGUCGUGGACGUGGACGUGGACGUGGACGUGGACGUGGUCGUGGACGUGGACGUGGACUUGGACGUAGACAUGGACGUGGACGUGCACGUGCACCUGGACGUGGAGCUGGUCGUGGACGUGGACGUGGACGUGGACUUGGACGUGGACGUGGACGUGGACGUGGUCCUGGACGUGGACGUGGACGUGGACGUGGACGUGGUCGUGGACGUGGACGUGGACGUCGACGUGGACGUGUACGUGGACGUGGUCGUGGACGUGGACGUGGUCGUGGACGUGGAGGACUUGGACGUGUUGGUGGACGUGGACGUGGUCGUGGACGUGGUCGUGGACGUGGACGUGGACGUGGACGUGGACGUGGACGUGGUCGUGGACGUGGACGUGGACGUGGUCGUGGACGUGCACUUGGACGUGGACGUGGACGUGGACGUGGACGUGGACGUGGACGUGGACGUGGUCGUGGACGUGGACGUGGUCGUGGACGUGGACGUGGUCGUGGACGUGGACAUGGUCGUGGAGGACGUGGACGUGGACGUGGACGUGGUCGACGUGGACGUGGUCGUGGACGUGGACGUGGACGUGGACGUUGUCGUGGACGUUGUCGUGGACGUGGACGUGGACGUGGACGUGGACGUGGUCGUGGUCGUGGACGUGGACGUGGACGUGGUCGUGGUCGUGGACGUGGACGUGGACGUGGACGUGGUGGUGGACGUGGACGUGGACGUGGACGUGGACGUGGACGUGGACGUGGACGUGGACGUGGUGGUGGACGUGCUGGACGUGGACGUGGUCGUGGACGUGGACGUGGACGUGGUGGACGUGGAUGUGAACGUGGACGUGGACGUCGACGUGGACGUGGUCGUGGACGUGGACGUGAGCCUGGACGUGGACGUGGACGUGGUGGACGUGGACGUGGUCGUGGACGUGGACGUGGUCGUGGACGUGGUCGUGGACGUGGACGUGGUCGUGGACGUGGACGUGGACGUGGACCUGGACGUGGACGUGGACCUGGACGUGGACCUGGGCGUGGACGUGGACGUGGACGUGGGCGUCGACGUGGACGUGGACGUGGGCGUGGGCGUGGGCGUGGACGUGGUCGUGGACGUGGACGUGGACGUGGUCGUGGUCGUGGACGUGGACGUGGGCGUGGACGACGCGGUCGUGGACGUGGACGGGAACGUCGUCGUGGACGUGGACGUGGACGUGGUGGACGCGGACGUGGACGUGGUGGACGCGGUCGUGGGCGUGGACGCGGACGCGGUCGUGGACGUGGACGUGGACGUGGUGGACGCGGUCGUGGACGUGGACGCGGACGCGGUCGUGGACGUGGACGCGGACGUGGUCGUGGACGUGGACGUGGUGGACGCGGUCGUGGACGUGGAUGCGGACGUGGUCGUGGACGUGGACGUGGACGUGGACGUGGACGUGGUGGACGUGGACGUGGAUGUGGACGUGGUGGACGUGGACGUGGACGUGGUCAUGGACGUCGACGUCGACGUCAACGUGGACGUGGACGUGGACGUGGACGUGGUCGUGGAGGACUUGGACGUGGUCGUGGACGUGGAUGUGGACGUGGUCGUGGACGUGGACGUUGUCGUGGACGUGGACGUGGACGUGGAGAUGGACGACUUGGACGUGGUCGUGGACGCGGACGUGGACGUGGACGUGGUCGUGGUUGUGGACGUGGACGCGGACGUGGUCGUGGACGUGGACGUGGACAUGGAAGUGGACGUGGACGUAGACGAGGACGUGGACGUGGAAGUGGACGUGGACGUAGACGAGGACGUGGACGUGGAAGUGGACGUGGACGAUGACGAGGACAUGGACGUGGAUGUGGACAUGGACGAUGACGUGGAGGUGGACGUGGUCGUGGACGUGGUGGACGUGGACGUGGACGUGGACGUGAACGUCGACGUGAACGUGGUGGUGGACGUGGAGGACGUGGACGUGUACGUGGACGUGGACGUGGACGUGGACGUGGUCGUGGACGUGGAGGACGUGGACGUGGACGUGGACGUGGACGUGGAGGUGGUCGUGGACGUGGUUGAGGACGUGGACGUGGAUGUGGUCGUGGACGUGGACGUGGACGUGGACGUGGCCGUGGUCGUGGAUGUGGUCGUGGACGUGGAGGACUUGGAUGUGGUCGUGGACGUGGACGUGGUCGUGGACGUGGACGUGGGCGUGGACGUGGACGAGAACGUGGUCGUGGACGUGGACGUGGACGUGGACGUGGUCGUGGACGGGGACGUGGACGUGGAGGUGGACGUGGUCGUGGACGUGGUGGACGCGGACGUGGACGUGGACAUGGACGAUGACGUGGAGGUGGACGUGGUCGUGGACGUGGUGGACGUGGACGUGGACGUGGACGUGAACGUCGACGUGAACGUGGUGGUGGACGUGGAGGACGUGGACGUGUACGUGGACAUGGUCGUGGACGUGGAGGACGUGGACGUGGACGUGGACGUGGACGUGGACGUGGUCGUGGACGUGGUCGUGGACGUGGACGUGGACGUGGACGUGGUCGUGGUCGUGGACGUGGACGUGGACGUGGACGUGGUCGUGGACGUGGUCGUGGACGUGGACGUGGACGUGGACGUGGACGUGGUCGUGGACGUGGACGUGGAGGACGUGGACGUGGUCGUGGACGUGGUCGUGGACGUGGACGUGGACGUGGACGUGGAGGACGUGGACGUGGAGGACGUGGACGUGGUCGUGGACGUGCACGUGGUCGUGGACGUGCACGUGGACGUGGACGUGGACGUGGUCGUGGACGUGGACGUGGACGUGGACGUGGUCGUGGACGUGGACGUGGACGUGGACGUGGACGUGGACGUGGUCGUGGACGUGGACGUGGACUUGGACGUAGACAUGGACGUGGACGUGGACGUGCACGUGCACCUGGACGUGGAGCUGGUCGUGGACGUGGACGUGGACGUGGACUUGGACGUGGACGUGGACGUGGACGUGGUCCUGGACGUGGACGUGGACGUGGACGUGGUCGUGGACGUGGACGUCGACGUGGACGUGUACGUGGACGUGGUCGUGGACGUGGACGUGGUCGUGGACGUGGAGGACUUGGACGUGUUGGUGGACGUGGACGUGGUCGUGGACGUGGUCGUGGACGUGGACGUGGACGUGGUCGUGGACGUGGACGUGGACGUGGUCGUGGACGUGGACGUGGACGUGGUCGUGGACGUGCACUUGGACGUGGACGUGGACGUGGACAUGGACGUGGACGUGGACUUGGACGUGGACGUGGACGUGGACGUGGUCGUGGACGUGGACGUGGACGUGGUCGUGGACGUGGUCGUGGACGUGGACAUGGUCGUGGAGGACGUGGACGUGGACGUGGACGUGGUCGACGUGGACGUGGUCGUGGACGUGGACGUGGACGUGGACGUUGUCGUGGACGUUGUCGUGGACGUGGACGUGGACGUGGACGUGGACGUGGACGUGGACGUGGACGUGGUCGUGGUCGUGGACGUGGACGUGGACGUGGUCGUGGUCGUGGACGUGGACGUGGACGUGGACGUGGUGGUGGAUGUGGACGUGGACGUGGACGUGGACGUGGACGUGGACGUGGACGUGGACGUGGUGGUGGACGUGCUGGACGUGGACGUGGUCGUGGACGUGGACGUGGACGUGGUGGACGUGGAUGUGAACGUGGACGUGGACGUGGACGUGGACGUGGUCGUGGACGUGGACGUGAACCUGGACGUGGACGUGAACGUGGACGUGGACGUGGACGUGGACGUUGACGUGGACGUGGACGUUGACGUGGACGUGGACCUGGACGUGGACGUGGGCGUGGACCUGGACGUGGACGUGAACAUGGGCGUGGACGUGGGCGUGGACGUGGACGAGGACGUGGACGUGGGCGUGGACGUGGGCGUGGACGUGGACGUGGUCGUGGACGUGGACGCGGACGUGGACGUGGACGUGGUCAUGGACGUGGACUUGGAAGGCAACUUUGACUUGGACGUGGACGUGGACGAGGACGUGGUCGUGGACGUGGACGUGGUCGUGGACGUGGAUGUGGUCGUGGUCGUGGACGUGGACGUGGACGUGGUCGUGGACGUGGACGUGGUCGUGGUCGUGGACGUGGACGUGGACGUGGACGUGGACGUGGUCGUGGAUGUGGACGUGGACAGGGACGUGGACGUGGACGUGGACGUGGUCAUGGUUAUGGACGUGGACGUGGACGUGGACGUGGACGUGGUGGACGUGGACGUGGUCGUGGACGUGGACAUGGUGGACGUGGACGUGGACGUGGACGUGGUCGUGGACGUGGACGUGGUGGACGUUGACGUGGACGUGGACGUGGACGUGGUCGUGGACGUGGACGUGGUCGUGGACGUGGACGUGAACCUGGACAUGGACGUGGACGUGGACGUGGACGUGGACGUAAACGUGGACGUGGGCGAAGACGUGGACGUGGACGUGGUCGUGGACGUGGACGUAGACGUGGACGUGGACGUAGACGCGGACGUGGUCGUGGACGUGGACGUGUACAUGGACGUGAACGUGGACGUGGACGUGGACGUGGAAGUGGACGUGGACGUGGACGUGGACGUGUACAUGGACGUGAACGUGGACGUGGACGUGGACGUGGAAGUGGACGUGGACGUGGACGUGGACGUGGACGUGUACAUGGACGUGAACGUGGACGUGGACGUGGACGUGGAAGUGGACGUGGAUGUGGACGUGGACGUGGACGUGGACGUGAACGUGGUCGUGGACGUGGACGUGGUCGUGGUCGUGGACGUGGUCGUGGACGUGGACGUGGACGUGGACGUGGUCGUGGACGUGGACGUGGACGUGGUCGUGGACGUGGACGUGGACGUGGACGUGGACGUGGACGUGGUCGUGGACGUGGACGUGGACGUGGUCGUGGACGUGGACGUGGACGUGGUCUUGGAGGUGGACGUGGACGUGGACGCGGUCGUGGACGUGGACGUGGACUUGGUGGACGUGGACGUGGACGUGGACGUGGUCGUGGAUGUGGACGUGGACAGGGACGUGGACGUGGACGUGGUCAUGGUCAUGGACGUGGACGUGGACGUGGUCGUGGACGUGGACGUGGUCCUGGACGUGGACGUGGACGUGGUGGACGCGGACGUGGUCGUGGACGUGGACGUGGUGGACGUGGACGUGGACGUGGACGUGGUCGUGGACGUGGACGUGGUGGACGUUGACGUGGACGUGGACGUGGUGGUGGACGUGGACGUGGACGUGGACGUGGUCGUGGACGUGGACGUGGUGGACGUUGACGUGGACGUGGACGUGGUCGUGGACGUGGAAGUGGUCGUGGACGUGGACGUGAACCUGGACAUGGACGUGGACGUGGACGUGGACGUGGACGUAAACGUGGACGUGGGCGAAGACGUGGACGUGGACAUGGACGUGGACGUGGACGUGGUCGUGGGCGUUGACGUGUACGUGGACGUGGACGUGGACGUGGACGCGGACAUGGUCGUGGGCGUGGGCGUGGACGUGUACGUGGACGUGGACGUGUACGUGGACGUGAACAUGGACGUGGACGUGGACGUGGACGUGGACGUGGACGUGGACGUGGACGUGGUCGUGGACGUGGACGUGGACGUGGACGUGGACGUGGACGUGGACGUGAACGUGGUCGUGGACGUGGACGUGGUCGUGGACGUGGUCGUGGACGUGGACGUGGACGUGGACGUGGACGUGGUCGUGGACGUGGACGUGGACGUGGACGUGGUCGUAAACGUGGACGUGGACGUGGUCGUGGACGUGGACGUGGACGUGGACGUGGUCGUGGACGUGGACGUGGACGUGGUCGUGGACGUGGACGUGGACGUGGUCUUGGAGGUGGACGUGGACGUGGUCUUGGAGGUGGACGUGGACGUGGACGCGGUCGUGGACGUGGACGUGGACGUUGUGGACGUGGACGUGGUGGACGUGGACGUGGACGUGGUCGUGGACGUGGUCGUGGACGUGGACGUGGACGUGUUACGCUUGCAAAAUACAAAGCCCAUUCCACAUCUCCAUUUCCUUCCGUUGCCUCCCCUCCCCCCCUCCCUCGUCCCCCCUCUCUUCACUGUUCCGACCCGUUUUCUGCCUCUGGCCGUUUUCUUUCGGUGA